CGGGGUAUCUCGACCGUUCGCUGGCUGGGCUUGGGCUGGGCGCCUCUCACGGCGAUGGAAGUAGGUGAAGGCGAAUGUCUGACGGCAACGGUACCCCUGGCAAGAUGUGUAAUACAAUCCAACCCGAGCAUUACACCUCUCGCUGGAGGUCACGUCACUGCAGUAGCUUCAACGUCAUCAUCAGCCGGAGGAGAAGAAGCGGAAGACAAGGCUGCGAAGCGAAGAGCGCGUGAUGCCGAACGCAAGCGAGCGAAGCGUGCUGCCGAUGCCGAACUCCGUGCUCGGGAAGCCGCUGCGCAACGCCAACGCCGAGCCAAAGAUCCGGAAAUGUGUGCUCGAUACGCCGCUGUGAGACGUCAACGGCGAGUCGAGAACGCUGAAGUUCGUGUUCGAGACGCGGCGCAGAAACGUCGACGGCGAGCCGCCGAUCCUCGAGUGAAGCAGCGCGAGGCCGAGUACAAGCGGCGACGACGACAGGCUGAUCCCGCUACCGCCCGCGCUCUCGAUCGCGCCACGCAAGCGGCGGCGCGCGCUCGGAAGUCUGCGCAGCAGGACGCCCGUUUCAAGCUGGUUACGGUUAUAUUGUCGGCACGAUCAACCAGAGUUGUUCAAGGGAACUGUGCUGUGCAGCGUGACCAGUCCACAUCAUGUGAGAAGGGCGUGUCCAAAUCAACACAGGCCAACCUAUUUCCUCACAUGGUCUUUCGAUGGGCGCAGACCGAAGAGGUGCAAGAUUUCCACGAUGCCUCCUCAUCAGUGGAAGUGCCACUGCUGAGCAAAGAAGAGCCAUCGUUGGUCACCUUCUUAAACAGAUCAGCGAUGGCAAUACGAAUGCUCCUUCACGCGAACGAGACGCAACAAAGUCAAGCGGAAUGGGUUACAAAGCAGCAUCCUUUGGAUUGCAGAGGACACAGCUUAGUGGCUGCAGGACCUCCAAAGGGCACGGAGGGGAUCGAUGCAUUUGCGCAGAGCUGCAUUACAAAAGAGGUCACUGACAAGACCACAUGGUGUGCGGGCAUCUCUGAGGCGGAGUUAUACUCUCCCAAGGUCUCCAGCUGGAUGCAGUCCGAAGAUCUAGAAGACAGUGACGACUACUCUUGAUUGUUGGAACCGCUACCGCAAGACAAAUGCCCCUAGUUCUGGGAAAUCGAAGGAGGACCAGCAGUCGAGUGGAGGAGUACACAGAUGAUGACGGCAUCGCAGAUGGUGACGAUAGGUGCAGAUUGCCAGCAAGCUCACCGUUAAUGAAGAAGGAGAGAGAGAAGGCCCUGCCACGGUCAUUGGAGAGCCAGUACAAGUCAUCACCUGUGACAGUGGACUUUGCUCAUGGAAGAAAGUCAAGGCUUUGACUUUCUAACAGUGUCAUGGCCUUUCCAAUGCAACCUGUGUCUACAGACGAGUGUGAUGUGAAAUCGUCUCCUCGCUUCUAACAUUGACAGCGAAGGGCAAAGUGCCGAUUCUGCGAGCAAACACUUGGUUGCUUGAUGAGGUUGCUUAGAGCAAAUAUUUUGCUAAUAAAUGUGAAUCGUGUUCUCACAUUCACCAGUA